AUGUGGCGUUUUCUUCUUCUCUUCUUCUGUCUACACGGAUUGAGAGAUGCAACUGCCUUGCCGGACCAACGUCUCCCGGGAAACAUCAUCCGAGACCACAUCAAGAAAUACCUGGAUUUCUCCGUUGAUCCGUGCGAGGAUUUUUACGCGCACGUCUGCCCUACAAAGUUCAACUUGAACUUUCUCUCGGACCUCAUGAAUAACAAGACGGAGCUUGUUCACGAGCAUAAGAAGAAGAAUCCGGAGUAUUCCUUAUGGAUGGACGUUUAUGAUGGAACAAUGGAUGAGAUGAAAGAUUUUUUCUCAGCAAAAGAAAGGAAAGUUUGA